ACAAAGAAUGACGUGUAGCCUGGCGCGGGGAGCCUAAUAAGUGGUGAUAGUAGUAUUUUUAAGCACCUUCUCACUUACGGUCAAAGAUACAAAUAAAUAGCGUCUUCCGUUUCACUGGCUCCAUGACCUUCCUUGACCAAGCAGUGAAAAAACACAAGAUCUUCUAUGUCCAUAGGGUUGUCAGUCAAUCUCACUGACUAACUGGUUUUCUAGAUUUUCUGCGUGGCUGUAACUAAUGGUUGACCAAAGAGUUUCGCUCGAAACGUGAAAACAACAGCGUCGGAAUUUCUUAGCCUGCAAAAUAAAACCAAAGACGAACCGGAUAUCCGCCAUGGCAUUUUCGUUUUCUUAUAUUUUGCUAAUGUCAAUAGCAACUGUACUUGUGGCGCAGACAGUACGAGAACCGACUCACUGCAACAUGAUAACGGGAUCAGUGUGCCGACAGUACCGUACACUCGGUACCUACCGGGUUACAUGUGAUAAAACGAAGUACAACGCUUGCGGACAAAUAUGUAAYAGCGCAAAAUGCUACUUACAAUGUAACGCUGAUAUCUGUAAUCAAACCUGCGUUGCUGGUCGUUGCGUGACAGCUGUUUGUACGUCACGCAGCUGUAAACAAGAAUGCGUGCGUUCGGGAUGUAAGAUGGAAUGUCGGAGUGAUGUAUGCUCCCAAAGUUGUGAAGCUGCCGGAUGCGAAAUCAAAUGUCCUGCAGGAGUCAAGGAUUGCACACAGAUAUGCAAUUCGGGGAAAUGUAAAAUGAAGUGUGAUGCUGGAGUGCAGAAUUGCAAUCAAACAUGUCACGGAGGAAAGUGCGCAAUGAUUUGCAAUGCUAAAAAUUGCAUCUAUUCUUGUAAAGAUGGAGACUGUUCUUACGAAGAAAGGAAAGAAAUAUUACUCAACAACAAUUUGAGACCCCUAAGAGACUGUAGUAAGCCAGAGAACGAAGAAACCUGCUAUCAAAACUGCACCGAAGGUCGUUGCAGGAUUGCUAGUUUAUACGGCCGUACUGAGCGAUCUUUGCAGAUAUGCCAUGGCGGUAACUGCUCGUUUGUCUGCAAAGCUCCAUUAGUUUGCAACCAGAUCUGUACAGGAGGCAACUGCAUGCGUUACUCGUGUAGUUCCGAGUACUGUGUUCAGGAAUGCGUCGCAGGAUCAUGUGAGAUGGAAUGCGCAUCGAAAACAUGUUACCAGAUCUCACGAGGAGGGUUGACUACAAUGCGCUGUCUCUCCAAUGUCGACAAAUGCCAUCAGUUUUGUGCUGGUGGUGACUGCAAGCUGUUUUGCCAAGCCAAGCUUUGUUACCCUGAAUGCAAAGCUGGUGGGUGUUUGACGUCGAAUGUGAAGCCCCGAAUAAGAGCGUUGCCCACAAGGGUCCGGUGUUUGGUAUCUACCGGGGAAUGCCAACAAAACUGUCACACAAAGAGAAGCUGUAUCUGUAGAAGGUACUACGCGUUAUUCCAUUCGUGUGAUCAGCUCUGCUACGAAGGAAAUUGCCGCAGCAUUAAGUGCUACACGUUGAAUAAAUGCAACCAGGUGUGUGAGGAUGGUCAGUGCAAAUCCAUGAUGUGCAAGUCCAACACCUGUGUGCAGGAUUGCAGGGGUGCGGAUUGCGAAAUGGAAUGCCAAGCUAAGAACUGCACACAACUGUGCCCUGGUGGCGGAUGCCGAAUGCGGUGCACGUCACGCGUCGAGAAUUGCAUCCAAGCGUGUGACCCUAAUAAAGGAGAAUGCACAUUUGAUUGUCACGCAAAGAAGUGUUCUGUCACGAUGCUUUGACGCGUGACAUCGUGACAUCUAAUUUAUGCCCACCUGUGCAUCAUCUUAAUUAUUAUCAACUCCAUUGGGAAGUAAUUGAAUGUUAAAUCAAGUCAUAUAAAUGCGUCAUAAAAUGAUAUACGACCUACCUGUGGUGAGAGUCGAAGAUUCAGUUUCAGUAUCGUGGGCUACCUGUAUCAGACAACAUUCUUUAUAUUAUAUUCAGUGCACAUACAGAUCAGCUUACUCAAGUUAACCGCCGACAAAGAAAGACUGGACAUCAGAGAUCACAGUUAAAAAAACAAAAAUACUGGGCUGCCUGUAGUGUAAGUCCAAAAUAGCAACCAUCUAAAGUGUCCACAAAAGGGCAAAAAACAACAACAACAACAACAACAACAGCAACAACAACAACAACAACAACAACAACAGCAACAACAACAACAACAACAACAACAACAGCAACAAUGACUGAGGUUGAAGCACGUAGCCUGCGUAGGGACCUUCAAUAAUCGUGUGGCAAGAGUUCGGACGCCAGGGACUGGGAAGAAAAUUUUUAACCCCACGAUUAUUGAGGGCCGCCGGCUACGCUGUCAGUAAAGAGCAAGGUUGAAAUAAUGCGACCCGCGAUCGUAUUGAUCUCGGGUAGUAGAUACCGAUAAAUACCCCCUCUACUACUCCAUUUCACUUGCUCAAUAGAUCUCAAUAGAGGCUUUGCAGCAUCACAUGAUGGCAACCAUGACGGAAAUCAGGAAAAAUUGAACCUUGUCUAAUUUGAUUUAUACGAGAAAAAAUUCAGUUUCCCAGGGGAGAAAAACUCUAUUCUUGUGCCUCCUGUCUUGGCUGCCAUCACGUGAUGGUGCAAAGCCUCUAUACAAGUUUUUUUAUAUGUUAUGAUUCGUGACCAUUUCUAUACACAAAUGGGCUGUUUAAUUAGCAGACAUGCCAACAGACAAUACAUUCUUUUCUGCUGUUUGACUUUUAAUUGUUUUUGGUCAAAAUCAAGGAUUCCACUUCCAGAGUUCGUGGAUUUCUGUGCAAGCGAAUAACUCCUUGAAACUUUUUAAAUUCUAGAGCAAUUACGGAAUGGAAUUACUAUCACAGUGUACAAUAAGAAUAAAAGAAAUUAAUAAAACGAUAAGCAAGAAUGUAUUUAAUCAAUCACUGGUUCCUUAGUGUAGUGGUUAUCACGUCUGCUUUACACGCAGAAGGUCCUGGGUUCGAGCCCCAGAGGAACCAAUAAUACUUUUGCAGAAUCACUACACUUAGAUUAUCUAAUAAAUAAAACCAGCCUCUUAAAAUCUUA